AUGCGGUUCCAAGAGGCGAGACCGAAGGCUAUGGAGUUGGCGCGCGCAGACAAGGAAGAGGAAACUGCAGCAAUUAGCAAGAAGAAGAGAAAACUGGAUGAUACGGAUAUGGAAGAUGGGGAGAAUGUUAGGCAUACACGGUCGCGACAAACGCGAACUAGAAGCCAGCGCAAUGGAGACAGAAAUGGAUCGCCAGUGGUGGUCGCGGAUAGCGAAGACGACGGCGACGAAGAUUUCAUGCCAGACGGUAUGGCCAAGUGCCCAAUGUGCAACAGGGCCAUGAAGGCGGAGCUGGUCUACAAUCAUCUGGACGUAUGUACUGGGCCUGAAGCUUCGCAGGGGCGCAGCACUCGGUCAAGGACUAAAAGCGCCUUUCCACCCGCCUUCCAAAUACGAAAGAAAGACCCAUCGCCUCCGCCGACCAGAUUAUCACAGCUCAACUACGCUAUGUUGAAGGAGACUGCGCUGCGCAAGAAGCUACAAGAAAUCGGCAUACCUACCUGGGGUACAAAGGACUUGAUGAAGAGGCGACACAUCGAGUGGCUGAACAUCUACAACUCGAACUGCGACGCUGAUGAGAGCGUACGGAAGAGUAAAAGACAGCUGCUGAGAGAGUUAGACGAAUGGGAGCAGACGCUCGGUGGAAAGGCGGGCACUAAAGAGAGCAAAAUCAUGAAGAAGGAUUUUGACGGCAAUGGGUAUGCGAAGUCACACAAAACCGAAUUCGACGACUUGAUAGCACGAGCGCGGCAAAAACGAGCCACACCCAAGACAGACAGCGAAGGACCUUCCGAGCAAAACACACCUGCGAAAGAGCAAAACACAGAAUCACAGGAUUGUCAUACUAUACCAGUCAGUGAUACCGAAGUUUCCAAUCAUGGAUCGUCGUCGCACCAUGCUCCCCCAGAUAUACAACCAUCACCACCCAACAACCACAACUCCUACGAAAACAACGACUCAGCGCUUGCUAGUAUACGAGCGAAAGUCGAAGAGGCAAACAACACAUCCGCUGAAGUACUUGCAUCAACGUCCGAGCAGUCGAUAGAAAGUGUAAGAAGGCGUAGCUCAGCGACCUUGGAAGGCAUACAGAACCCUUUAGGAAGUCCAAGUCGCAGGAUGCCCAUGUUCGCACUUCCUGAAGAGCCGGUUCGAGAUGUGGAGGGAGGCACGGCUGUGCAAUAG